CUCUCUCAAGACCUUGGCAAGGAGACCCCAACCCAACCCCCACCACCAUAUUCCCUCACCCUGUAAAGAAGCACCGAACUCCACCGUGAACCCGCAGCCCCCCACCCACUUAACCAAGCCAACACAAGAAAUCAAUCCCUUACCCAAUACAACCCCUGAUCAGGAGGAAAUCGCGGAAAAACCAGCAAAUUCGAAGUGUUAUGUGGAGGGAGACCGGCUGGUCUUUGUAGCAUCACUGAAAGUUCGAAAAUUGAAAGUGAAGGUGUAUUCACCGUUGAAAUUCUGCUUGUGAUUUUCUUUGAUGUCCAUGGGUUGGCAUUAUUAAUAGGAGUUCAAGCUUAAUUGGUGUGCAUUUUAGACAGUAGUAGCUAUAGGCAGCAAAGUUAUAAAUGGGAGGUACUGAAGAUAGUGUGGGCUUGAAGAGAAUUGUGUUUGUAACUGUGGGAACGACAUGCUUUGAUGCUCUCGUACAAGCUGUGGAUACUUUGGAAGUGAAACAGGAAUUGUCUAGGAGAGGGUACACCCACCUUGUCAUUCAAAUGGGUCGAGGAACUUAUGUGCCCACUAAGUCUCUUGGAGAAGAUGGGUCCCUUGCUGUAGACUACUUCACUUUUUCAUCAAGCAUUGCUAAUCAUCUGAGUUCAGCAUCUCUUGUAAUUAGUCAUGCUGGGUCAGGUAGCAUAUUUGAGACCUUGCGACUGUCUAAACCCUUAAUUGUGGUGGUUAAUGAAGAUUUGAUGGACAAUCAUCAAAGUGAGCUAGCAGAAGAGCUAGCAGAGAGGAAGCAUUUAUAUUGUGCUCAUCCUCAAGACCUCCAUCAAGUUAUAGCUGGUAUGGAUUUGGAGUCUCUCUUGCCAUACCAUCCAGGUGAUGCCAAGCCAGUUGCCAAGCUUAUAAACAGGUUUCUCGGUUUCCCAGAUGAUUGAUGAAAUGACAAAAUUUCAUAAUUUGGAUCAGAGAAACCAAAUAUCCAGUGGGAUACCUUUUUUAUGCACCAUUGAGUUGCAUGUUUUGAUGAGGUACACAUUGUUGUAGGACAUUUUGAUACCCCGUAGUAUAAUUUCAUGAAGAAUGUUCAUUCUUGACAGAAUAGCACAGAAUUUUACGUACGAUUACAAAUUC